UCCUUCGUUAUUGCAACGCAAAAGCAAGAUAUGGGUUUUCAAGACACAAGCAAAAUGUUCUUUUCACUCUGCUUCAGCUCCCGCAUCCGCCACCGCCAUUGCCGGAGGACAGAUGUCUGGCAUGUCAGGGCGAGCGUCAGCCACCACGAGAAUCCACAUAAUGGCCUUAGACGGCAUCGUUAAUGUCAACUCACUAUUCACAUUAGCUCUCUUCCUUGGCCUCACAUCAUAUCCUAUCACCUCCCUCUUGGACCCCACCUCCCCCUCGUAUGCCGCCUGCAUCGCCAGGACCGACAUCGCUGAGGGACUUGUCGCCUUCCACGUUUACUCCUUCAGCUCCUUCCUCUUCUCCAGCCUUAUUGCCUUAGCCCUCAAACAAGCCAUCAACAUCAAGACAAUGCACGCCAACAAUGGAAUUGAGGCGACGGUGGAAAGUGUCACCCUGGUCCACGUUAACGUCUCUGCUUUGCGGUUCGGGAUCCUGGCGUCUGCGAUCGGGUCCGUUGCCGGGUGCGGGUUCUUGAUGCUGGCUUUGGUGGACUUGGUGCAGAUCAAGUUGGGGACUUUAGCCUGUGGCAGUCUGCAUACUUUUGCUGCAGUUGGUCCUUUGGUGGUUUUGGUACCUUUGGCACUCGUUAUCUAUGUUUUACUUGUGCUUUUUGCUUUUUUCCAGUAAGUUUUGUUGAUAUGUGGUUAAUUGUUUGUAUGAUGAUGUGAACCAGUCGUUCAUAUUGCCAUUUGUUACUGUAUUGAAUUUCAUGGAUAAUGACAUAGGGAAAUUGCUAAGCAUUUCUAUUUCAAUCCCCCUAAACCCUAAAGCCUGGGCAUAUUUAGGUCUUUCAUAUUGGAAUGUAGGUGUCUGUUGAAUUAUAAUUUUAUGUAAAUACCAUGUUUAUCAAUAUAUGAUUUUGUAUUUUAGGUGUAUAAUGUGGUAGAUGACGGAGUAAUCAAUUGCUGGAAUUGAUGAUCUCAUGACUUGUUUGAUUUGUGCUUCUUCUAUUAUAUUUAUAUGGGUAUGAUUUGUGAAGUCAACAGAUUCCGUUGCUGCUCAAGCCGUGUUCUUUGACGAGGACAUUUUAAGCCAAAAGUUGCAAAGAGAAACUGUGAAAGGAAUUUAAGCAUAGGUUUGGCAUUGCAGAAAGCAAAUCAUUGGUCUUGGGAAUGACUGGAAGAUAAUGACUCUUAAGCAAAUGUCCAUGGAAAAUGGCAUGUUUUGCAAAAGUAUCACCAUCUUGAUAGCUGGGGGUGGUUCUUGGAGUGCUAGAUAUAGGAAUCUCAGGGCUUAUGUUGUUGUCCUGGGGUCACAGGACCAAGCUCCAAUGGCAAGACUCUACAGGACUAUCCUUUGGCUCCUUCUCAUCAUCAUCAUCCGAGCCUUGUCUGAAACAGUUUGGAGUCAGAAUAGUGAGAUAACAGGAGGCCUGACUAUAAAGAACGAGAUAAUUUUUAAGCAGCGGAACUUGUAAUCUAAUUUGUUGUGCAUUUACAGGGAAAAAACAAGUUGAUGGAUGGAAGUUUCUGACAUGCUGCUUUUUGUUGAGGAAAAUGUGAUAGAGCCAAGCUGCCCCAUUUCAAUCCUGAUUUCUAGAAAAUUGAAGGAUUUGGAGCAAGCUGUGCUGAUUUCCCCAUGGAUCUAUAUUAAGAAGGUAAAUUUUCUUACUUAUUUCCUAUUGCUGCACUCAUCUUCCCUGCCUUUUUAUCCCCCUGUUCUGUUUUUUUCUUUUGGGAUUUUGGGCUUCCACUAAAACGUAAAAAGUGAAGCACAGUAUGGCUUGAUCAUGAGAUCCUCGAAUAUGCUUUUAGUGGAUUACUUUGUUGGUUUCUUACCAUUGAAAGUUGCUUCUUUCUUUUCUGUUAGCUUUGGAGAAUAGUAUUAUUAUACUUCUACUUCAAUUUGGAGCUCUUAGAGUCUUCGUUACUUUGACUGGAUGAAUCUUAGCGAUGGAAUAAUUAAGUCAUAGUUUUUUGGUUGAUUGUAUCAAAUUGUGAAUCGUAUUAGCUGAGUAAUGCCAUGAGAUGUAGGUAAUGGAGCUUCAAAGUAGCAAAAAAAGCAAUAGACUAUGAACCAUUGACAGCCUUACGGCUUACAAAAGCAUAACAAAACAAUAUUUAAACGUUCUAUACAUUUUAAACCAGUUCAGAGUGGAAACUGUGGAGAAGUGUUGCACAACUCCUAGGUCAUAACUAAAGUACUUAUCAAAUAAGAUCAUAUCACACUGAUUUUCUGCUGGGAAGAGCCAUUACAGAUCCCCUGAAGCUAUAUGCUUGUUAGCUACUUAAUUAUAUUCUACAUCUUGUUACCCU